GGCUUGCUACUUUCGGACACUUUUGAAUCUCUUGAAAACCUACAGGUGUCGCGGGAAAACUGCCUUGUCUAAAGAUGGCGAGACAAUCGAGGGAAAGCGCAGCUCUGGAUGACCAAUCUGCUGAAGACCACAUGGGGCUUCUGGUCAUAAAAGUGGAGGAGGAAGAGGCUUCCACCUUUGCUGAGACCAGUUCGCCAGGCAGCCCCGCCCGGGGCCCCGAGCACUGCCGCCAGCGCUUCCGUGCGUUCCGCUACCCCGACGCUGCGGGGCCCCGGGAGGCGCUGGGCCGCCUGCGGGAGCUCUGCGGACAGUGGCUGCGGCCAGAUGUGCACAGCAAGGAGCAGAUCCUGGAGCUGCUGGUGCUGGAGCAGUUCCUCACCAUCCUGCCCGGGGACCUGCAGGCCUGGGUGCGGGAGCAGCAUCCAGAGAGUGGGGAGGAGGUGGUGGUGCUGUUGGAGUAUCUGGAGAGGCAGCUGGAUGAGCCUAUGCUGCAGGUCCCAGGUGGUGAUCAGGAGCAAGAACUACUCUGUUCCAAGGUGGUACUGUUGACAUCAACCCAAAUCACACAAAGUAGCCAAUUCCAGCCAAUGAAGCCUCUGUUCAAACAAGAAUCUCUGGGAUCCCAGCCUUUACAAGACAGAGUUGCCCAAGGAGGCAGUUGCAGAGAAGACACAAUGGUAGCUGCCAAGCUCACUGCAGAGUCCCAGGGGUUACUGAAAAUGGACGAUGUAGUCCUGACCCUCUCCCCUGGGUGGACACAGCAGGAGUCAUCUCAGAUGAACUUCUAUAGAGAUGAAAAGCAGAACUGUGGCAACGUGGUCUCCCUAGGUGGUGAAAUGCAGUCUAAGACCAGGGGUUUGACUCCAGCUGAACUUCCUGAGCAAGAGCCUGAGCAGAUGUCAUGCCACCUAGGUGAAGACAUUGCCGAGAUUCCUACAUGUACAGAAGCUGGUGAACAGGAGGCCAGGUUACAAAGAAAGCAGAAGAGUACCACAGGGAGUAGGCGGCACAUUUGCCAUCAAUGUGGAAAGAGUUUUGCUCAGAGUUCAGGCCUAAGUAAGCACAAGCGAAUCCACACUGGAGAGAAACCCUAUGAGUGUGAAGAGUGUGGCAAAGCCUUUAUUGGGAGCUCCGCCCUCGUCAUUCAUCAGAGAGUUCACACUGGUGAGAAGCCCUAUGAGUGUGAAGAAUGUGGCAAGGCCUUCAGUCACAGCUCAGACCUUAUCAAACACCAGAGAACCCACACUGGGGAGAAGCCCUACGAGUGUGAUGACUGUGGGAAAACUUUCAGCCAGAGCUGCAGCCUCCUUGAACAUCACAGAAUUCACACUGGGGAGAAGCCAUACCAGUGCAACAUGUGUGGCAAAGCCUUUAGGCGUAAUUCCCAUCUCCUAAGACAUCAGAGGAUCCACACUGUGGAUAAAAAUGUUCAGGAGCCUGACUGGGAAGGUCAGGGUAGAAUGGAAAACCAAUGGGAAAAUACUGAAACUCCUGUGUCUUAUAAAUGUAAUGAGUGUGAGAGAAGUUUCACUCAAAAUACAGGUCUUAUUGAACAUCUAAAAAUCCACACUGGUGAGAAACCCUACCAGUGUCAUGCGUGUGGAAAAGGCUUCACCAGAACUUCAUACCUGGUUCAACAUCAGAGAAGCCACAUAGGGAAAAAAAAUUUGUCACAGUGACCCAUGCCAUACAUACCAGGGUUGGUGCUAUUUUGUCAUUGAACUGAAGCCACCCUGGACCCCUUACCGGCUACAAAUGCUAUGA